AUGGAACCUCUCAUAGAUCGUCUCAACGACGAUGUUCUGCUCAUCAUCCUCUCCCAUCUCAAGAAGCGAGAUCUCUGCGCCUUGUCGCUCACUUGCAAACACUUCCAUAUGGUUUCCUCUCCAAGACUCUGGACAGUUCUUCCGAUAGAUUGGGAGUUCUUCGUGUCCUGGUGGCAUGGUAAUCUCGGCACGAACGCUCAUCAUGUCCGUGAGAUAGUGAUCCAUCUCGACUUCGACAAGCCACGUACAUUUCCCGAUGUCUUGUUCGCAACCAAGAACAUCCGUUCGCUCGAAAUAAUCCAUAUGUCUCUCCUCUAUGACGACCCGCGUCUUUCUAUCGCUCUCGCAGAACUGCGCGAGCUCCGGACACUCUCUUGCAACUGGAUCGAGGACGAAAUGCUGCCGACGAUCCAAUGCAUCCCCUCUCCCAAUCUCACAAGCCUCAGUCUAGCCUAUAGAGGCAAAACAAACGCUUGCGUCGACCUCCCCUCCAUCAUCUCCGUCAUCGGAUCCUUCCCUCGCCUGCAUGAUCUAAAGCUAGAGUUCCUGAAGCCGACCACCGCCGUCGACAUCGCCAGCUACCCGCCAUUCACCUCCAUCCAGCAGCUCACCCUCUACAACGUCACCAAACCUGCGACAGAUCUCAUUUACCUCUGUCCAAACCUCACUUCCCUGGACCUUGGUGCCGACUAUCCUUUCCGAGGGAACCCUCACGGAUCCCGACCGAGAUGGCGCCCGUCGCCGAUCCCUCGACUCACCCUCACGGUCCUGCGCCCAGCGACCAGAGCCUCCAUUGUCUCGUUGCUGGAGCAAUGGGCCUUGCGCGCGGCACACGUUCGAUUCGCAAAGCUAUGGGAGUUCACGAAUGACGGCAUGUCGUUCACGAACGACGGCAUGUCGUUCGCGAAGGACGACGCCUCGUCACAACUGAUGCGCAUCCUCGACGUGCUCAAUCCGCGCUCCUUCCACCUGGAAAUAGCGGUGGUGUGGGGCGCCGGGCCGUCGGACCCCACGGGAAGUCUCUGGAAAGAGGUCGCCGCGGCCGCGCCGCACCUGCGUGCGCUCGUGCUCCACGUAGAAGCAUUCGACGACCGCAGUACCGAGAGCGAGCAGUGGCCGCUGACAUGGGCGCCCUCGGAUGCGCUCGUGGCGGAACUCGCGCGGCUCCCGCUCGUCUGCGUCCAUCUGGAGGCGGACUCAGAAUCGUCCUACCGGAAGCCAGGGGAGGCGGAGCGCCAGCGCAUCCGCGCGCUCGCCGCGUUCCCCGAGAAGCUCGCCACGGCGAUCCCCACACUGCGCGUCGUGGGCGUGUCGGACGGGUGGCUCAAGUUGGAGGGCUUGCGGUCCACGCAGUGGUGGCGCGUCGAGCGUGGCGACGGCGACGCGUCGCGGUCUCUGGUCGAGCUCUGGCGCGAGGACGGGGAGCGGGCGCUGCGGCUCGUGCAGAACGAGGCGUUUUCCAUGUCCGAUCUUGACGACAUCUACUCGGAGAAGUGCCGUUACGUGUGGGGGUAA